AUCCUUCACUGUCUUGCGGAGAAACAGCAGACAAACAAAGAAAGAGAUGGAAGAUGCAGGGCAAGACGAAGGUUUUGAAAGAUUUCUAAAAUGGGCAGCAAACCUUGGAAUCUCAGAUUGCACCACGAACCUUUCUCUUCACCCUCAAAGCCCCACUUCUUGUUUAGGCCAUUCCCUCACUGUCUCUCACUUCCCUGAUGCAGGAGGGAGAGGUUUAGCUGCUGUUAGGGAUUUAAAGAAAGGAGAGUUGGUACUUAGAGUUCCAAAAUCUGUUUUGAUCACAAGAGAUAGUUUAUUGAAAGAUGAGAAACUUUGUUCUUUUGUCAAUAAUAAUACCUACUCUUCUCUCUCCCCAACCCAGAUAUUGGCUGUGUGUUUGUUAUACGAAAUGGGUAAAGGGAAGAGUUCAUGGUGGUACCCUUACUUGAUGCAUCUGCCACGCAGUUAUGACGUGCUAGCAAGUUUCAGUGAGUUUGAAAUGCAAGCUUUGCAAGUGGAUGAUGCUAUCUGGACUGCAGAAAAGGCUGUGUCGAAGGCGAAAUCAGAGUGGAAAGAAGCUAAUUCACUGAUGGAUGCCCUUAAGCUUAAACCACAACUUCUCACAUUCAGGGCUUGGAUUUGGGCCUCAGCAACUAUAUCCUCACGGGCAUUGCACAUACCAUGGGAUGAAGCUGGGUGUUUAUGUCCAGUUGGAGACUUGUUUAAUUAUGCUGCUCCUGGAGAGGAGUCAAAUGACCUUGAAAACGUGGUGCAUUGGAUGAAUGCCUCUUCUUUGGAAGAUUCUUCUUUGUCAAAUGGGGAAACCACAGAUGACUUUAUUGGAGAUCAACCAGAUAUAGGUUUGGAGCGUUUGACAGAUGGUGGCUUCGAUGAAAACAUGGCUGCAUAUUGCUUUUAUGCCAGGAAAAAUUACAAGAAGGGAACUCAGGUUCUCCUAGGCUAUGGAACAUACACAAAUUUGGAGCUUCUUGAACACUACGGGUUUCUCCUUAAUGAAAAUCCAAAUGACAAAGUUUUUAUUCCCUUGGAACCUAGCAUGUAUUCCUUCAUUUCAUGGCCCAAGGUAUCGAUGUAUAUCCACCAAGACGGGAAGCCAUCUUUUGCCUUAUUGUCUGCUUUGCGUUUAUGGGCAACCCCGCCAAAUCAGAGGAGAUCCAUCAGUCACCUGGUUUACUCUGGCUCUCGACUUUCGGUAUACAAUGAGAUAUCUGUCUUGAAAUGGAUAUCAAAGAACUGCGCCCUGAUUUUGAGUAAUUUGCCGACAGUAAUUGAAGAAGACAGCUUGCUGUUAUCCACCAUCAACAAAAUCGAGAAUUUUGACAAGCCUACAGAGCUCGGGAAGCUGCUGUGCGCUUCCGGUGGUGAGGCACGUGCUUUCUUAGAAGCCAGUGAUCUGCAGAAAGGGAAAAAUGGUUCUGAGCUGAUGUUUUCUGGCAAGACAAAAAGGGUCAUAGAGAGGUGGAAACUAGCAGUUCAAUGGAGGAUCAGCUAUAAGAAAACCCUGAUUGAUUGUAUUUCCUAUUGUACUGUAACUAUCAAUUCUCUCUCAAGUCAAACUAUCUUGGCCAUGAGAACUAAAUAAUGCAUGUAAUUUUGGAUACCAGAAAGAUCAUUUAACGCACUUGUUAACGUUCUCUCCUUCA